AUGGGUCUAGUCCCCUCCAGUCCAGUCCCCUCCAGUCCCCUCCCCUCCAGUCCAGUCCCCUCCAGUCCAGUCCAGUCCCCUCCCCUCCAGGCCCCUCCAGUCCAGUCCCCUCCAGUCCAGUCCCCUCCCCUCCAGUCCCCUCCAGUCCAGUCCCCUCCAGUCCAGUCCCCUCCAGUCCAGUCUAGUCCCCUCCCCUCCAGUCUAGUCCCCUCCAGUCCAGUCCCCUCCCCUCCAGUCCACUCUAGUCCCCUCCAGUCCAGUCCCCUCCAGUCUAGUCCCCUCCAGUCCAGUCCCCUCCAGUCCAGUCCCCUCCCCUCUAGUCCAGUCCCCUCCAGUCCAGUCCCCUCCCCUCCAGUCCAGUCCAGUCCCCUCCAGUCCAGUCCAGUCCCCUCCAGUCCCCUCCAGUCCAGUCCAGUCCAGUCCCCUCCCCUCCCCUCCAGUCCAGUCCCAUCCCCUCCAGUCCAGUCCCCUCCAGUCCAGUCCCCUCACCUCCAGUCCAGUCCCGUCCAGUCCCCUCCCGUCCAGUCCCCUCCAGUCCAGUCCCCUCUAGUCCCCUCCCCUCCAGUCCACUCUAGUCCCCUCCCCUCCAGUCCAGUCAGCUGUUUGUGUCACACAGGGUAG